ACCGUAGAAAAAUUUGGCUAACCUCGAAUCAUCAUCUCUCUCACUUCCUCAACAAUUCGGCAAACCAUGGCAAUGGAAAACAGGCGGGAAAUAAUAGCAGUGGAGGAGGAUUCUUAGCUUGUGGAAACUCCCCUCAUCGCAUCUUCAGUUUAUCGAGAAAGAUGGAGGAUAGCGGGAUAGGCGGCGGCGGGGGAAGAAUCAGCAGGAACGGUGUGGUGAUGAAGAAGGAAGGAUUAGGGUUUUCUAAUGAGGGAUUGAGAUUAGAGAAUCCUUUCGCUUUCAAAGCUCUUCAAGUCUUCACUGGAUUCGGCGUUGGUUGUGGAGUUGGAAUCGGCAGUGGUGCUCCUUUAAAUCUUGGUAGUAUUCCAAUGGUGGGGGAAGUUAUGAGUGCAGCUAGAGGAGCUACCAGUGCAUUUUCUGGGGCCACGCACCACGUCAAUGAUGCUUUGAGGAAGCUGGGGGCUAGGAACAUUAAAGCAGGUGUCGGAUGUGGAGUUGGUUUCGGUCAUGGUUUUGGAGUUGGCAUCGCAGUGAAACCAAGUGCCAUACACAAACUUCAAGCUUCUAUUAUGGGAACUGCAUCCAGCUUGAUGACAAAACUCGGAAGAAUGAGUGAGACCACCACAGAUCAAACCGAGAUAGAAGACCAGGCGCCUCAAUCUCUGACGGAACACAAGAAACAUGUGGACACAAAAGCAUCUUACAAGAACCGUGGUUCCUCUAGUGACCCAAGAACGUUCGGUACUCGAACUGAGAAAGUAAUCAACAGUUUCCUCGACAAUCCAAUUCUGACACAACAACAGGACACAACUGCUGAAGAACGACAGGUCACACAAUUAGAAUCAGAGAGCUUAAUGCUUCAGAUGGUGCUGAAACAUCAAAAACUCGUUAACGAACUAAUGGAAGAGAACGAAACGCUUCGGAGGAUAAUCAUAGAAGAUCUCAAAGUUUCACCGGAAAAGCUCAAAUCAGUUUCAUCUUACGUGUACGAAUCACCAUGCAAAGAUUGCUUCGAGUGUCGUAGAAAACAUAGAAGAAAUAGAUGAAGAAUGAUGUAAGCCAAAAAAAAUUUCACAUGCAAAGAUCACAACGAACUAUGAGUUCCUCUGCAUUAUUACAUAACAUUACAAAACUCUUGCACAAGCAAACAAUGGAUCUUGUUCAGACA